AUGGAACCGCAAUCGAGGCACAUUUAUGUCUCAGCUGACGAUGAAAUACCGAUCCGUCUUCAUGUGCUCCAACGAGCCAUGGAAGAUGAGCACCAACGGAUGGGACAUAUGGCAGACGUGACUGAGUCGACUAUAACGCAAUGUCCUGAGCUUCCGGCUGGGCCGAGCUCGAUGUUGAGUUCUGAGGCAGGUCCCAUCCACCCCUUUUUCCGAAAAGAAGCUUUUACUGAUACUGACAUCCAUUAUGCAGGCCUCAACCAUACCAAAUUCCCUAUUAGUGAUCGCCUCUACGACGCGCUGAAGCCAAGCUUGCGACUAGCCAGUUUAUUUCUGCAACAAGGUCGCUCAUUCUGGAUGCUUGUACUGUACGCAAUCGAGCGCUGCGACGAUGACGGCGACAGAUAUCUUGACCCACGCUAUACGACGACAAAAGAAAGGUUCGACUAUAGCCGAUUCGAGGCGGCUAUGGAGAGGAUCCAAGCGUUGACUUCGAUACAUUGUCAUGAGGAGGGCGCUGAAGACGCUUUGGGUUGCUCGAUAGCCAUUUGGCUUUCGAGACCGAUGACGAAGAAAGAACCUCUGUUAUAUCGUAUGUCGAUCAGCAAACAGCUUCUAGCGUUGUUGCUGGAUCAAGAAAUCUGGUCCUCUCGGACACUUGAAGAGAAGUCGGUGGUCUACAUCACAAUAGCCACGACGCUUGUGCAUGAAUUUACGCACACACUAUACAAAUAUCGACAGAGAAUGUUCAAUGCGGACUACGGAGCCUCUGAAGAUGGCACGUGGUACCUGCUACCAGAAUCGAGUGUUUGUCCUUGGGCUCGCAAAGAGCUUGGUAUUUCAUGGGAAGUCUUCCAAUUCGGUGGCCAGGCAGUCAAUGGCUGUGUGACUUCGUCGUCUGAAUCUGAAACUGAAAUGGAGAGAUUCCCCAAGGGUCACGGUAUGUUUCUAAUUCCACCAGAGGACGACAAGAUCCGUCUACCCAUUGCUCCAGUGAGUUUCAUGUCCUGGUUGCAUGAAGCAACCUGGAUGUCUAAAGAUCCGAUGGACAUCUUCAUCCAGCAUGACACCGAGGAGGAAGCGCCAUCAGUAUCUCGGCAAGCCACUGAUGUUAAGCACUGUAAAUCGGCUAAUGAUUGCAUGGUUGUCCUGUGA